CGUCCCCGCUUCCGCGCAUGCUCCGUUCGCCGCGCCCCUCCCCGGCCCGUCGCUUGUGCGCAUGCGCUGUCCCUCCCGUGCGGCCCAAAAGUGAGCCACGCCCCCGCCGCGCUUGACGUGUCGCCGGCCGGGAGCAGCGACGGUGGAUCGGACCGGACCGAACCGGAUCGGACCGGAUCGAACCGGGCCGGACCGGGAAGAUGAACGGCUGACCCCAGACAGGCCAGGUGACCAUGGAGAGCGAAGAGACGCCGGACUUCUCCAGCCCGAAGGAGGAGACCGCCCACUGGAAGCGACUCUUCCUCAAGUAUAAGCAGAGCUUCCAGGAAGCCCGGGACGAGCUGCUGGAAUUCCAGGAAGGGAGCCGGGAGCUGGAGGCCGAGCUGGAGGCCCAGCUGGUGCAGGCCGAGCAGCGGAACCGCGACCUGCAGGCCGACAACCAGAGGCUCAAAUAUGAAGUGGAGACCCUGAAGGAGAAGCUGGACCAUCAGUACGCCCAGAGCUACAAGCAGGUGUCGGUGCUGGAAGGGGACCUGAGCCAGACCAGAGCCAUCCGGGACCAGCUGCACAAGUACGUCAGGGAGCUGGAGCAGGCCAAUGACGACCUGGAGCGAGCCAAGAGGGCCACCAUCGUCUCCCUGGAGGAUUUCGAGCAGAGGCUGAACCAGGCCAUCGAGCGCAACGCCUUCUUGGAGAGCGAGCUGGACGAGAAGGAAUCCCUGCUGGUCUCCGUCCAGAGGUUGAAGGACGAAGCCAGAGACCUGCGCCAAGAGCUGGCCGUGCGGGAGCGGCAGCAGGAAGUGACCCGGAAGUCGGUGCCCAGCUCCCCGACCCUGGACUGCGAGAAGAUGGACUCGGCCGUCCAGGCCUCCCUCUCCCUGCCGGCCACGCCCGUGGGCCGAGGGCCCGAGACCAGCUUCCCGUCCCCGAAAGCCAUCCCCAACGGAUUCGGGACCAGCCCGCUCACCCCGUCCGCCCGGAUCUCCGCCCUCAACAUCGUGGGGGAUCUCCUACGCAAGGUCGGGGCCCUGGAGUCCAAGCUGGCCGCCUGCAGGAACUUCGCCAAGGACCAGGCCUCCCGCAAGGCCUACGUGGCCACGGGCGUCGGCGGGGCCGGCGGCAAGUUCUGCCACGCCGGGCACGCCACCUUCUUCGACAAAGGCAGGACAGUAAACGGCUUUGACCAGAGCCCCCCGUCCGCCCUCGGCUCCUCCCGCCCCGCCUCAGCCCCGGGCCUGCUGCCUCUGAGCGUGUGAGCACCGCCUCGCCCUCGCCCGGGCCCGGUCGGGCCCCCCGCUGCCCGCACCCCCUCCGCACCACCGCCUCCCCGGACCCCAGUUCCCGCGGAGGCGGCUCCUCUCACCCCCGGACCACCCCCGGCCCUCGGCGGGGCCGGAAACCGGCCAUGCACCGAUUCCGGGGCCGCCCGCCCGCCCCCGGGCACCGCCACGCCGAGUCCCGCCUGGAGGCACGUGGCGGGGCCCGCGGCGACGGGUGGCGACGGUGGGGGGGAUUCAGCCGUGAUGUGUGUUUGUGUGUCUAUGUGCCUCAGCCCCCACUCUCCGGCUGGCAACCCCCGCACCCUGCCCACCCGCCCGCCUGCCGUGCCCGGCCCUGGCGCGGGGAGUGGGGGGGAUGACCGCUCCAGGGGCCGGCUUCCCGCCUGGGACUGGCCCGGCCCGGCCGCCCCGCUUUAUUUAUUCAGUUCGGUCCGGCGCGCCCCGGCCACCGCGGACCGUCAUGUAGAUGACAAAUAAAAUCUUUUCAUGUGGACGGGCCCCGGUGCGUACUGGCGGCGAGGGAAGGGGGGGGAAGUGGACCGACCGACGGACGGACGUCGGGGAGGGGUCAGCCCCCGUGCCAGAAUGCCCCGGAACACUUUCAGUCAUUCAUUCAGUCGUAUUUAUUGAGCGCUUACUGUGUGCAGAGCACUGGACUAAGCGCUUGGGAAGUCCAAUUUGGCAACAUAUAGAGACAGUCCCUACGCAACAACGGGCUCACAGCUGGAGGCCCGGCCACCGACCGCGACAGCCUCCUUCGCUGACCCCCACGGCGUCCGGUCUCUCUGGACCGCCUUCCCAAGACGCCCUCCCGGGCACGUCGCCCCACUCCGACACCUCCGACCGUCGCCCAUCCGCUUCCGCAUCCAACAGAGCCUCUUUCCCAUCGCCUCAUUCGCUCCCUCCUCCCAGUUCACCCCAGCUCACACUCUCAGACUCACGCCAACCGACUCCCCGGGCCCGGUUCUCCCGUCGCCCACGUCCUCCCCAUCAAAAGCACCGCGACCGUUGCCAUCUCCCGCCGCGUGGCCUAGUGCUAAGCGCUUGGGAGUCAGGGGCCGCGAGCGAGGGGAGAACCGUCGACUGCCGUGCGACCUUGGGCCCGCCACUUCUCAUCAAACGGGGAUGAAGACGGAAAGCGCCCUGGGGGACGGACUGCGCCCAACUCGAUUACCUUGGAUCCGCCCCAGUGCUCGAACGCAGGAAGCGCUUAACAGGUAGCUUCGCCGUUGGGUCGCUUAACGGAUAGCGUCGCCGCCGUUAGGUGAAUUUCCUCCUUUCCCUGGGGGAGUCUGGCUCCCGGCAGGGAUCGGAGGAGACCUGGCUAGCGGGAAAGGUCUCCGGCCCUAAUUGCGGGACAGGCUGACCCGGGAGACGGGGGGGUCAGCGUGUGGGGCGACGGGGCCUGGUCCGGGACACCGGGGGUGUGCGAGGGUGGGAGUGUGGCCAGUGUACGGGCUCCUCCGUGCGACGGAGCCCCCCCAUCCCCUCCCGGUCCCCGCGGGGACGCCGAGGCGGACCGGGCCCGGCCCCGCUCCCGGGAACAGAAGAGGAGAAGGUGGCGUCCGGUUCACAUGAGCAUUCGAGUUUAUUCAGCGCCCUCGCCCCGGAGGGGCGGCAGCCGGGCCCUGGAGGAAAACCGAGCAGGCGGGCACCUCUAGAGUGAAUAAAUUUAUUGUCUUACAAAAA